GGAGGAGGAGGAAGAGGAGGAGGAGGAGGAGGGCUGACACUGUCACACAGACAACUCAACUUCCCGUCAAAGCACAGCGCAGGCAAAACGAGCUGCUGCUGCUGCUGACAACAAAAAAAGGGGAACGACAUCGGGGAUUAUCAAGAGGAGAGGAACACAUUCAAGACACGGUGUCGCCCAGCUGAGGGCUGAGCAGAGUCUGAGGUCUGUGCUCCUGCUAGUUAUCCUUGCGUUGGGGUCCCUGCAGAGAGACAGCAGCACGGGGCUAGCUGCAGCACACCGCGGCUGCUGCACAAGGGUGUGAGUGACUUCUUUUAGCCAUAAUCUCCCUUUUUUUUUUAAUUUUUUUUUUUAUUUACCCGAAAACAGCUGGUGUUAAGGUUUACUGAUGGAAGCCUUCAUGCACUAGCCAUCCCUCCCAAAUCCUUUACCCCCUGUCGGACCCUGGCUCAGACCCGUCACUCGGGCGCUGUCCUCGCCGGGGGGGGGUGCCGGAUCACCAUUGCUGGGUCUGGCUAACGCGAGACGGCGGCGGCGGCUCGGUCCCCCUGACCCCCUGACCCCCCCCCUGCCCCCCACACUCCUGUCUGCCGCUCUGGCCGACCUUUACCGAGCUCGAACAUGGCAGGGAACCUUAAGAAAGGCGGAGGACUCAUAGGUAUGAUGAAGGAUGCCUUCCAGCCACACCAUCACCACCUCCACUCCCAUCACCAGCCCGGGGCCGUGGAUAAGAAGACAGUGGAGAAAUGUUGGAAACUGAUGGACAAGGUGGUGCGCCUUUGCCAAAACCCCAAAUUGGCUCUGAAGAACAGCCCCCCUUACAUCCUGGACCUUCUGCCAGACACCUACCAGCACCUGCGCACCAUCUUGUCUCACUAUGAGGGCAAAAUGGAGACUUUGGGGGACAACGAGUACUUCCGAGUCUUCAUGGAGAACCUUACCAAGAAGACCAAGCAGACCAUCAGCUUGUUUAAGGAGGGAAAGGAGCGCAUGUACGAGGAGAAUUCACAACCCAGGCGAAACCUCACCAAACUAUCAUUGAUCUUCAGCCACAUGCUGGCAGAGCUGAAGGCCAUCUUCCCCGGUGGGACGUUUCAGGGGGACAAUUUUCGCAUCACCAAGGCAGAUGCUGCGGAGUUCUGGAGGCGAGCCUUCGGGGAAAAGACCAUCGUGCCCUGGAAGAUGUUCCGUCAGUCUCUUCACGAGUUUCACCCAAUCAGCUCCGGACUGGAGGCCAUGGCUCUAAAGUCCACCAUUGACCUCACCUGCAACGACUACAUCUCUGUCUUUGAGUUUGACAUCUUUACCAGGCUAUUCCAGCCUUGGUCGUCCCUGCUGCGGAACUGGAACAGCUUGGCAGUUACUCACCCGGGGUACAUGGCCUUUCUCACCUACGAUGAGGUCAAAGCACGGUUACAGAAGUUUAUCCACAAGCCUGGCAGUUACAUCUUCCGACUGAGUUGUACACGGCUGGGCCAGUGGGCCAUCGGCUAUGUGACAGCGGAUGGAAACAUACUCCAAACCAUUCCCCACAACAAACCCCUCUUCCAGGCCCUGAUAGAUGGCUUCAGGGAAGGAUUCUAUUUAUUUCCUGAUGGCCGAACCCAAAACCCAGACCUGACAGGACUGUGUGAGCCUUCGCCUCAAGACCACAUCAAAGUCACACAGGAGCAAUAUGAGCUGUACUGUGAGAUGGGCUCCACUUUCCAGCUGUGUAAGAUCUGUGCCGAGAACGACAAAGAUGUGAAGAUUGAGCCCUGUGGUCAUCUCAUGUGCACAUCAUGUCUCACUGCCUGGCAGGAAUCAGAGGGUCAGGGAACAGGCUGUCCUUUCUGUCGCUGUGAGAUUAAGGGUACAGAGCCCAUUGUUGUGGAUCCUUUUGACCCUAAGGACAACAGCGGGGGCUCCUGCAGGAGCCACUUUGGGGCUGAGGGUGCUCCUUCACCUAGCUAUGAUGACGAUGAUGACGACAGACUUGAAGAUCCCCACCUCAUGAUGAGCAAACUUGCCUUCUCAAAAGUGGAGCGCCCUCCGUCACCCAUGUCCAUGGCCCCGCAUUCCUCUUUUCCUCCUGUGCCACCCAGACUUGACCUGGUAUCACACAGACCUCCUAACCCCGCUGGUGCUUCCAGCCCUGGGGUCACAGCUAAGGCAGCAUCUCACCACAAAGACAAGCCCCUUCCUCUUCCGCCAGCACUGAGGGAUCUCCCCCCUCCUCCUCCUCCUGACCGCCCCCACAUAGCUGGGGCCACCCUUGAAGGACGGCUGCAGAGGCGGCCCUUACCCUGCACUCCAGGGGAGCCCCUUAGAGACAAGCUCCCCCCUGCACCUCCUAACCGGCCCCUGGCUGAGUGGAACUCCCGGCCUGUCCCCAAGGCCCCUAUCUCCUCAUCCUCAUCAUCCUCAUCGUCCUCCUCGUCUUCCUCAUCAACACAGGUCUCCAGUCUAGGAGGGGACAUUCGAGCAGGUGUCAGGGAACUCUCCAACAGACACUCCCUUCCCCUGGCGCUGCCCUCUGCUCUGGACACACGUUCCGACUCACAGAAGAACAACAGCUCCCUCAGUCUUGACCACCAGCUGAACUUUGCUGCGAUAGCUGGUCCAGAUUAUGACAACCCCAAAGUCAAGCCCUCAUCGUCAGCAAAUGCCAUCUAUUCACUGGCAAUUAGACCAUCUCCAGCCCAGAGGCCUGUGGCAGGAGAGGAAGCACGUGACAGUGAGGAGGAGUCAGAGUACAUGAUCCCCUCUUCCCGCCCUGUCCUGCCCCCCGUCACGGCAGCACCUGCAGCAGAGACCCCACCAGUACCGAGGCCUCCACAGCCUCAGCCAUUAUCUGCACUCCAGACUCUGGCCCAGACCUCCACAAGCAACUCACGGCUGUCGCUGACUGAAUUAGAGGAUAGACCUCAAAUGUAUGAAGCCAUGUACAACAUCCAGUCUGGGUCACAACAGGCCAGAGAUUCAGACUAUUCAGAGUUGCCCCCUGUGACACUGACCAAUGGUCCCAGAAACCAGGCAGCAGAGGAGAGGGAAGAGGAGGAAAAUGGCUACGACAUCCCGAAACCCCGGCUGCCAAUGCCUCCAGCCAGACGGACCCUCUCAGAGUUGGGGGGAUCAACUUGCUCAUCUUCAUCUUCCUCAUCAUGUUCAUCCUCCACAGCUGCUUUCAGCCGCCUUUCGCUAGAUUCAGAUGCUGUAACUGCAGCAUCCUUCUUAGAGCCGGUGGAAGCUCCAGAGAGACCUCCAAAGCCCCUGCCCAGAAGAAUCAACUCAGAGCGUCGGCACAGCCCUGUCCCUCCCGUCCCUGCUCCACCUUGUAGUGGGGCAACAGGAGGAGAAACCAACCCUCAAAUCAGCAGCGAGAUCGAGCACCUCAUGAGUCAGGGCUACUCGUACCAGGACAUCCAGAAAGCACUGAUGAUUGCACAGAACAAUAUUGAAAUGGCCAAGAAUAUCCUACGCGAGUUUGUCUCCAUUCCCUCCACUGCGCAUGUUCUUACAUAGCACACUCCUUGUGCCUCUCUCUCUUGUUUGCUCUCUCGCCCUAGCUUGGCCCAGCCCGGUUUGGGUAUGUGUUGGCACAGCCCAGCCCAAAGCCCAUUGCCUGCAGUGCUCGUUCGGUGCUGGCUAAUGCCCACUGUGGAUUUUUAUCUGGCUUACAGCACCUCUGGGAGGCUGUGCCCUGCACUCCAUGCGCUUUCAACAGUGUAUGGCCUUCUUCAAACUGCUACAGCAGGCCUCUUCUUUUACAAAGACGUCUCCGCAGGACUGACAGAGCGUGCGGAACAAUGAUGGGACGCCACAGGACACAGGACUUGUGUAGGAAUCCUUGGAAGACAGACUCUAAUCUUUCAUGUUGAAGCCUCUUGCGGAAAUUGUAACCAACACCUCACAAAUAAAACUAAAAAAAUGUAUGUCUAUAAAAAAUUUAAUAUAUGAGUAAAUAUAUAUUAAAUGUGUGUAAUAUAUACAGUACGUGCAUAUACAGUAUGUAAAAAUGACUUCAGCUUUGAGGGUCGCUCUUGGUUUAGCGUUGUGGGGUAGACAGGAGCACGGUGUAAUGAGUGGUUUUGCCCUCUAAGGCAGACAGAGGGAUGUGAGAGAAUGUGAGGAAGAGGAGUCAGGAUGGCCUUCCUCAUAUUGAGCAGCAGCUAAGAUGUGCUUUUUCAUGAUGAAUCCAGUCUGUUUUGGCCUUUUGAUUAACAACAUCGGUUUGGUACGCUGUUUUUUUUUUUUUUAUGUUUGGAAAAAAAAAAAAAACUAUUUGUUUUUGUUGUGUUGUAUUUUACAAAGUAGCAUAACGAUGGUUACAGGUCUGAAAUUGAUGUCUGGCAGAAUGUGUGUGCGUGUGUGCUUUGUGACAAAGUGUGUGUAUGUGUGCCAGACCUACUCCUCAUGACCUACUCUUAAUAAGCCCAUGUUCCUGAAACACAUGAAUGUGGUUUUACAGUCAGUAUACUCGGACCCCUGCUCUGUAAACGUACUACUGCCCUCUGCGUUUGUGUCAGGGCAGAGUGCAGCUGUAGAGCCUGGCAGUGAGAUUAAUAGAGGACGUGCUAAUGUUGACGACCCUGCAGUACCAGACAGGUUAGUGUGUGGUGGCUGAAAUGUUUUCAUUCUGUCUUUUGUCUAACUUCAUUGGCUGGCUGGUUUGGAUUUCUAUCCCCAGCUUAGACCGGUGUUUAGAAACAGAAAAAGUCAUUGAUUUACUUUGUUAAUAUAUUAUUGUUGUAUGAUCAUAAAUAUUGUUAUUAUAAUUAAUUCAGAAGUGCUUCACUGCUGCUACUAUUGCUAACAAUUACGCCUUAAAUGUACAUUUGUGAAUAUUGUGUUAAGCUCCACCCUGUUUCUUUAAAGUGACAGUAUCGUGUGUGUUUUUCUUCAGUCUGUAAUGUAGCAUACUUGAAAGUACAGCAGCUCGUGAGCCUGCAGCCCUCUCACCAGGUCCACUAUUCAGUGUUUUAAAUAUUUUUCUAUGUAUACACUCUGACACUCACAGAGUUGAGUGUAUAGCAUCUGAAAAAACAAAACUAAAUGCUUUUGGUGUGGUAAACCAUUUUCUAACAGGUCCAGGCUCUUUCAUAUCAAUUUCCCUCUCUCUGCAGGAUCCCCCUCUACUUGAAAGGGAGCGACUGAUGGGGCUAUAUUCUUUAAGUAGGCUCAUGGGUUUACAGGCCCACUCCCGGCUCUACGUUAAAAUCAGUAUUUGGGCCAACUGUAAAAACAUACUCAGGAAUAACUUUAUCCAAACAAAAGAGGUGUUCAGCCUGGUUGUCACAAACCACGGGAGACACCAGCAUACCUGAGAUGACAUGUAGCCAAAAGAAUCCACUUUAUGAAGUCACACAAGUAGCCUAUAACUUUUUUCUCUCAUAACUUGCACAUUUUUUUUGUAUUAUUUCUAGUGUUGGCAGGACUGGAGACAGCAGCCUAAUUUCCAGGUACUAUGAAUGGAAAAAUUAAAAAAAAUUAAUGCAUGGAGCUUUUAGGUACAUUGAUGUGAAACUCUCCCAGUAUAUGAAGUAGAAUGUUUAAUGGGAGAGAGUAAAUCAGGGCUUAUCUGCCAAAGCUUUCGUUGACAAAGUCUGUCUGUUAAAGGAAAGCUAUACCUGCGCUGUCUGGCCAUCCUCUUUUUUUUUUUUUUCUGUUCCUAGUUGCCUUGAGAAGCUCUUGAAUGAUGUGUAUUUGACAGGGAGGUCCCUUAUCCUCAAUACUGUGCUGAUGUUUUGUUGACGUUUCAAGAGAGCUUGUCGAGUAAUUAUUUACCUUUUUAUCUUGUUUUUGCACAGUAUACCAGUUUGUGCUAUGAUACUGUCACUCUAAAGAAAGCUAAGUGUACAAAGUCAGUGAUAUGAAUAGAAAAAAAAGACUUAUUUUAAUUUUGCAUUCCUGUACACAUAUCUUUCUCCAAAGGUUUUGUUUACUUCUGUGAAUAAUUCUGUGAGCAGUGCCAUAUGUUUAGAGAUCGUCCCCAUGUUUAGAGUCUGGCCUUGAUUUUGAAGAGUUUGUAGGUAUUGAUCUCUGAUGGCCAGAUUGUGCAGUAUUGCUUGAAUUAAUCUGUCCUCUCUGCCUUGUCAGCCGUAUCAGACCUCAUCUGUGAGCGCCAGUUCUGACCUCACAGAUGCUGGAUGUGUACCAGCCUCCGUUACCCUCAGUCCCUGUGUCUGGGUAUUUCAAUUUUUUUGCCAGAAGAGGGAGCUGCUGAUUCAUGUAGCUGUUUCGCUUCUCAUCAGUAAUUGGCAUUCAUUAACUUUUUGAUGGUUUUUAAAGCUCAUAUCAAUUCGAAAGUAUGCACAGUGCUGUUAAUAAAAUGAUAAGCAGAAAGUCU